UGUGGUACCGGCGUGCGGCUUCCUCGAACAAAGCGCGAGCGUGUCCCGCGAUUUCCUGCGAGCCGGUGCCGUCGGGGCACGGCGCUCCUGGCGUGUCCCCGCGCUGUCCCCCCGCGGGCGGCCGCCUGGGAGGGGCGUCGGCGGGGGCAGUCCCCGAGCAUUGAUAACCCCGUGCCGGGCCCGCGGCUGGCAGCCGGGGAGCGCCUGCCCCGCACCGCCACGCACCGCACGGCGCACCGGCGCGGGAGAUGCGGCGGGAGGGAGGGCGCCGCGCCGGGACGCCCCGUCGCUGAGGCACGCCGAGGAUGAGGCCGCCCCUGGCGCUGCUGGCCCUGGCCGCCCUGGGGGCCGCCGCCGGCGGCGCGGAGCGGGAGGCGGCGGAGGAGGCGCGGGCGGGGCGUUUCUCCACGCCGGAGCUGCAGCGGUGCCGCUGGGAGCUGCGCUCGGCGGCGGGGGCCAGCGAGCUGCGGCUGAGCUGCCGGGCGGCGGGCGGCGGGGCGGCGCGGAGCUGCGCCUACCGCGGGGAGCCGCGGCGCUGCCCGGCCUUCGGCGCCCGCAGCCGCCAGUACUGGCGGCAGAUCCUGUCCCGGCUGCGGCGGCGGCCGCACCCCUGCGCCCCGGGAGCGCCGCUCAGCGCCCGCCUCUGCGGCCCGGGCCGGGCCCCCCCCGAGGCGCAGCUGCGCCUGCUGCCCGACCCCGGCCCGGAGCCCUCCGAGGACCCGGCGCAGGCCUACUGCGCCGAGCGGUGGCACUCGCUGUGCAGCUUCUUCGUCGGCUUCUGGGAGGGCUGAGCCGCUCCGGCCCGCGGGAGGGAGCGCGGCCGCCCCGGCUCCGCACCCGGACACUCCCGGCCUCGCCUGCCCUCGGCCAGCGCCGCCAAUGCCCCACGACUCUGUCCGCUCUCCUCUUCUACUCCCCAAUAAAGCGGUAACUAUUUUGUGACAA